GGAGGCAGUCAGGCUCUGAGAACUGGUGGUUGGGAAGUUUCUUCGGUCGGAAGAAUGGCCCGUGUCUUUGUCUAUGGAACCCUUAAGAAAGGGCAGCCGAACUACCAUAACAUGACAGACAGGACUCAUGGGACAGCCAAGUUCCAGGGCAGAGGACUCACAGUGGAGAAAUACCCCCUGGUGAUCGCAGGGAAAUACAACAUUCCUUUUUUGCUGAACGCCCCAGGAAGGGGGCACCGUAUCGCAGGAGAGAUUUAUUUUGUCGAUGACCAGAUGUUGCAAUUCCUUGAUGAAUUUGAAGACUGCCCGAACAUGUAUCAGCGUACUCCAAUGAGAAUUGAAAUAGUUGAGUGGGAAGAUACAAGCAGUGCACCUGAAGAGAGGCCAGCUGUUAACAGCAUUCUGGAAUGCUAUGCAUACAGCACUACAACUUACCAGCCUGAAUGGAUAAAUCUCCCUUACUGUGAUAACUACGAUUCCUUUGGGAAACACGGACUUCUGUACGUACUACGGGAAGGCAGGGUAGAUAAAAAUCAAUGA